CUUGGAGGAGUUCGACCUACUACAGGCCAUCGCUGUGCCCUUCGCUGACCCCUCCACUCAGUACUUCGUUACCGGCUUCGAUGGCUUCCCCGCCUUCGGGUUCAAGGUCGGCGCCAGUAUCAAACACCCCUACAGACUCUUCCUUCCGGAGAAGUUCUUCAGAGUCUUCUCGAUCAUGAUCGCCCUCAAGCCUGACACAGCGAGUCCGAUGUUUGCGUUUGCAGUUACCAAUCCGCUUGAGAACAUCAUUCAGCUCGGUGUUGGCUUCACUCCUGCGGACCCUGGCCGCACCAAUGUCUCUCUCUACUAUACCGAUGGAGAGAGACACAUGACCUCACAGACCAUCGCCUCCUUCCUUGUGCCUCAGUUUGUCGACACUUGGAGCAGGUUGGCGUUUAGCGUGACCGAGGAGGACAUUCAGCUGUGGUAUAACUGUGAGUUGUACAGUGAUGUCUUAGUGAAGCGUGUGCCCCUUCAGUUGGUCUUCGACUCAGCCUCCACGCUCUACAUCGGCCAGGCCGGUGGCAUCUUCAAGGGCGAGUUUGAGGGCGCGCUCCAGGAACUCAAGAUCUUCAACGACCCCGCCAUGGCUAAGGUGCAGUGUGAUGACUCCUUCACGUCCUUUGGCUCUGGAGAAGGAAGAAGUGAUAUUAACAUAAUGGAUGACUUCCUGGUUACCCACUACAAGGUCCCAAGGGCGAGAAGGGCGAGGCUGGGCCAAGAGGUCCCCCGGGGGAAUCAGUAGCGGGACCACCAGGGCCACCGGGACCCCCAGGGCCCCCAGGGAGAGGCUUUGUCACAGACAUGCCUGAGCUGGGCUCAGGUGAUGGUGAGAACCUCAUGUCGAUGGAGUUUGGGGAAGGAGCGCAAGGGCCGCCUGGACCCCAGGGCGAGUGUACCUGUAACAUGACCAGCUUAGUGGCCACUGUGCUGGCCACACUGCCCAAAGGACUGCCUGGUCCAGAAGGUCCUGCUGGAAGGGAUGGUGUACCGGGGACACCAGGCACAUCAGGGAGACCUGGAGCCCCUGGGGAGCGUGGGCCAGAAGGUCCUCCAGGCAGUAAAGGAGACAGGGGAGACCCUGGCAGCCCAGGACCCGAGGGACUGCAGGGCCCUAAAGGCGAGUCAGGUGUGGAUGGGGCUCCGGGUCUACCAGGCGAGAGAGGACCUCAAGGGCCACCAGGAUCCCCUGGCUGGGGAAAUGCAGGCUUCGAUCCAAUGUGGAAACCACGAACAAUGUUUAAGGUUGAUGGUGGUCUAGCAGUAGCCCCAGCCCGGCCAGGCACUCCGGGUACCCCUGGGGAGAAGGGUGAGCAGGGUCCCCCAGGGCCUAGGGGAAGCAGGGGCUACCUUGGUGCCAAGGGUGAGAGAGGCAACACAGGCAGGAAAGGCGAUAAAGGAGAAAGGGGACUGCCAGGUCAUGAUGGGAAGGCAGGACCCAAGGGUGAACCAGGGGCACCAGGCAUGAACGGUGCCCCUGGACCACCAGGGUUCGAUGGUUUCAAGGGUCAGCAAGGUACACCAGGAGAGAAAGGUGAACGAGGAGUGCCAGGAGUUGGUCAGCCAGGGCCACCAGGCAUUCCUGGAGGACUCUCUGAGGAGGACCGCAGGAUUAUUAUUGACCAGCUGAUUGAUACCCUGGAUGGUAAAGCAGGUGGCGACACAGCGAGUGGAGGAGGCGGCUUCAGUCUCUGGAAUAAUGCUGGCGGGGUACCUUGGAUAGAAGUGGGAGAUGAUGAGGAUUUCAAGUUGGAGGGCUCAGGACUGGUGGAGUACAAACCUUUCUAUCCCAAAGCUGGGUCUGGUCUGCUGGGACCCCCAGGACCCCCAGGUCCCCCAGGACCUCAAGGAAUCUCAGGACCUCAAGGCCCCUCAGGGAUAACAGGUCUUCCAGGGAUCCCUGGGAAACAAGGAGAGGUGGGGUCCCCAGGCCUGCCAGGAGAGCCUGGCCCUCCUGGACUCAAGGGUGAGGCUGGAAGACCAGGUGAAGUUGGACCUCCUGGAGCUGUUGGUCCAGUGGGUCCAGCAGGCAUUAAGGGAGAUCCUGGCCCUGCUGGUCCACCUGGACCCAUCACCACAGUGAUUCAGCCAGAUGGCACCAACAUAACUGUUGUCAAGGGUGCUAAGGGUGAGCGAGGCAAGCGAGGCAAGAGAGGUCGUCGGGGCAAGCCUGGGCCUCCUGGGUCUAUUGGUGACCUAGGCCUGCCUGGGUGGCCGAAUGACACAGACAUUGGUGCAGUAGGACGGCCAGGGCCCCCAGGACCUCCAGGGCCCCCAGGAAUUGGGCAGAAAGGGGAACCUGGCCCUUCAGGAUCUCCAGGGGGUGGCAGCAGUGGUGGCUUCCUCAAUGGCAUCCUAGGUGGUGGCAAGGCAGACACACUUGCAGUCCCAGGUCCACCAGGACCACCUGGACCACCAGGUGCAAUUGGCCCACAGGGCCCUCCUGGUCCUCCUGGUCCAUCUGGUAGAUUGCAUGAGGGUGAGAACCAGAUGUACAUUCCUGUACCAGGGCCACCGGGUCCACCUGGACCACCAGGUGUACCAGGUACUCCUGGACUAUCCAUUGAGGGCCCUCAGGGACCCCCAGGGGAGCCAGGCAUGUCUAGACGAGGUCAACCUGGCAAGCCUGGACCUGCAGGCCUACCAGGUGGCACCAUCCCUGGACCCAGAGGCAGCCUUGGAGGCAUCGCUGAGCUUCGCCGGCGGAUCUCUGGCCGCCGCAGAAAUCGAGGCCCUCCUGGUCCACCGGGUCCACCUGGCCGGCCUGCUGAAGGAGGGCGGAGUGGGGCUUCCCACAGGAUUGUGCCUGGAGCUGUCACCUUCCCUGACAGAGAUGCAAUGCUCAAGAUGAGCUCAGUGUCACCUGUGGGUACAUUGGCCUUUGUGGUGGAGGAGGAGGCAUUGCUGGUACGGGUGGGUGCUGGUUGGCAGUAUGUGGCACUGGGAUCUGUUGUGCCACUGCCAAGCACCACCCCAUCACCACUAACUACACCCGCACACACUGAGACUGUGAAACCUCCGCCCCUCGAGGUGGACUCCCUUGUCAGUGGUCUUGAUGGGCCCAGGUUACGACUGGCAGCACUGAAUGAGCCCUUCACCGGAGACAUGCAUGGGGUGAGAGGGGCAGAUUAUGCUUGCUACAGGCAGGCCAGGAGGGCAGGGCUGAAAGGCACCUUCAGAGCAUUACUGACAUCUCGUGUCCAGAACCUGGAUUCAAUCGUUAGAUACUCUGACCGUGAUCUACCAGUUGUUAAUCUUAAGGGUGAGGUGCUUUUCAAUGCAUGGAGUGAGGCAUUCUUGGGCUUGGGCGGAGUCUUCGUACAAAAACCUCGCAUCUUCAGCUUUGAUGGCAAAGAGGUCUUGAGUGAUCCAGCAUGGUCCCAGAAGUAUGUGUGGCACGGCUCCAACUUGGAUGGAGAGAGGUCCUUGUCCUCCUACUGCGAUGCUUGGAACAGUGAAUCACAAGAGACUAUAGGUCUGGCCUCUUCCUUGCUGAAGAAGCGCUUGCUGGGUCAGGAGCGUAUGAGCUGCCACAAUUCCUUUGCUGUGUUAUGUAUUGAAGCUACUAGUCAAACACGGUAUCGACGGAGGCGUCACACUGGAUCCAAGGAGCAGAUACUCACUAGCCAGCAAUAUCAAGAGUUCCUCAAAGCUCUAAGUAGAGACCAAGAUGACUUGAACCAGUGAGAGUUCUUCAGGAAGGAGAGAUAAAUGAAGACAAUUUUAGUUUUUAAGUUGAAUGGUCUCGUCUAAAAGUAGCGCACAGUGUUUCCAUGUAUGUUUGAGCAAAGUUAAUUCAUAAUACCAUGUGUUUCUUAAGAAGUUCUGUGUGAAGUGUCACAGAAUCUUCAGAUUUCGCUUGUAAAUAUGACACUCCUUGAUGAUGGUAAGUAUUUUAUAUACCUUAAUGCUUUGUGGCAGUGUAGGACUACAAAGUGGGAGAGGUGCUCAUACUUAGUGGCAGUGUUGAAUUACAGUGUACGAGAAAGAUAUUCAUGCUUCAUGGCAGUAUAGGGCUAGUGCGCAUGGGGGGGGGGAGGGGGAAAUCUGUGCUUAGUGGUAGUGUGUGACUAAAGAGUGAGGGAGAUGCACAUGAAACACAAGUACUGUCAGUAAACACUAAGUAAACCGUAGAGAAGAACCACAUAUCAUGGGCCUAUUUCUUUUAUUUACAUUAUAAUGCUCAAAACUGUUUGGUUAUUCAGUGCUUUAGACAUACACUAUUCCAUUCCCAUCAUUAUGAAAUUUACAGUAUCAUAUCAACUUCCUAUAGUUGUGACCAAAUCAUUUUCAUAUUGUAUAAAGCAUAAUCACAAAAUAAGUUAAAAUUCUAAGUUUUUUACAUUCCACAAUCAUUAUUCGCUCUGUGUCACUGGCCACGAGUUUUAGCAGUUUAAACAAAAGGGCAAAAGCCUCAUCAUUUAUGUGUAAAGAUAUGUUGUGCUCUUAAGAAAGCACCCUGUGUGGGGAGAGUGGCACCCCUUCCAGAGAAGAGGUCUCUACCCCACCUAGGCACAAACCACUUGAACCUCACCACCUUGUUAAUGUGACCCAAUGUCAGAUGAAUCAUAGGCCUUAAUAUCAGAAUUAUGAAUGAAUGAUGAAAGUUUUUUCUUUUUUGGGCCACCCUGCCUUGGUGGGAAUCAGCUGAUGUUAAAAUAAAUAUAAAUAAAAUAUAAUUUUCAAUGAGGAUUUACUAGGUAUUGAAAAAGAACCGUGAAAGUAUUUACUAAUAGUGUAAUGUCGGCUUUAUUUUCCUUUUAUUCCUCCUACCUUCUUUUGUUUCUCACCCUCCCUUUCCUCCAGUCUCCUUCAUAUUCCCUUUCUUUCCAAUCAUUUGCCUCUCAUUUUCUGCCUUAGUGCUUACAUGACAUUUUAAGGCAAUUACAAUGAGAAGUGUUAAGAUCCAUGAUAUGAAGUAGUUACUGAUGCACAUAGUAAAAUGAUCACUAACUAUUCUCUGCCUCUUGCCAGUUCUUCCAUGUAGCUAUAGGAAGCCAAUCAUGACAAACCAACCAUAGAUGUAUUCAAAAUAUAAAUAUUAGGACAACUAGAAGUUUUAAAAUGACUUCCAUUGCUCCCAAACCUACUUACCUCUUGUUUAGCUAUUUAAUAAUUCUGGGAACCUUAUUCAUGUGUCAGUCAAGAGUAAAUAAAGUCCAGUUGUCAUCUUGUAUUUAAGAUGUAGAUGUGUGUUAGUAAAGUUAAAGUUGUAAUUCAAGUAUUUUUCAGUACCUUAUAAUAUGGCAAUAUUUUGAAUCUUUUUUUUCAAAAUAAAAAAAUAAAUUUAUCUGGUGGUCACAAACAAAGGACUGACAGAAAAAGCCUAAAACUGGAUUUUUUUCUUAAGCUGAGCAUUUUUUUUCCUUAAGAAUUUGUGGGUAAAUGUGUCACAGGAUUAUCACUGCAUGUGGUCUUGUCUACAUGAUAACUUGGUGAACUUAAAACUGUGGCUUUGCAUUUUUGUAAUGAUCUUGAGGAUGUGGUUGUAGUUUGUUUCCUACCUUGUGAAGUAUCCUACAUUUUGUCUGCAUCAGAGCAACCUUGUCAUGCUUCAUGUUAAUAUUUGUACUUUUAUUAUUGUAAAUGUGACCAUUUGGUUGCAGUAUACCAACUUUCAUGUAAACAUAUUCCUGGUUAGAGCAUGCAUGCACAUAACUGACUUGUUGAAUACCAAAAUCUGAUCUUCCUACCUGCACUGCCCUGCAAUGAGUCAUACUCUAGUUAGAACUAGUGUAAGUAUAAUGGAGAUAUGUAAGUUAUGUUUAAAUAACUGUACUAUUACUCAGUUUUGUCGUGUGAAAAAUUGAACCAAGGUAAUGAAUGCGUGAAUGGUAUGCAUAUUAUGCAAUGUAUGUAAUUCAUAAGCAUGAAUGAUAUUAUUUAUUUAAUGAGAAUGUGCUUUAUUGCCUCUUUAGUAAAUUCGCCUUUCUCAUCUAGCUUCCAAUUAUGAACAUGAUCAUGCAUUAACAUAUACUUGCUAAAAUUUCUGUAUUUCUAUAAGUUUCUUUUUAUGCUGCUAUUAUGGAAUACUUUUUAAAUGCAUUUAGGUAAUGCACCCAAAUAUUUGAAUGGCUACUUCCCAAAGAGUUCAGAUAUUUGAGAAAUACAUUUUUCAGUUAUUACCAGGUCUUGUGCUUCCUGUAAGAAUGACUUUUUAAUACGCAAACCAAAUAGUUGACACAUAUUCCAUGCUCACACUGUUAAUGCUAUAUCGCAUCAACACUUGUACUAACAACUUGGACAAUUACUAGUCAUAUUGAGGUGUGUCAAAUUAGUAUAACAGCCCAUUUUUUGUUUUGUAUUUUAAUGACUCCACUACUGGUAGGCUUUUUAAACUUAGUGUUGGUGAAACUAAUAACUGUGUUGAAACUAAGCUUAAUGCAGAAAAAAUAAAACUGUUGGUGAGACAAAGCUUAGUGUUAAUGACAUUUUUUAACAAGGAAUUUCACACUUGAUUAGUUAACAUGAGGAGACUUGAAGCACACACCAAAAUCAUGGGAAAUUACUGUACAAUUAUGCAUUAUUAUUAGCAAUGUUUAUAAUUAUUGCUAUUACAGAUAAUUAUUACUCUUAAUAUGAUUUAACAGUAUUAAAGGUAAUAAUGGGUAUAUUAUUUAUAGAUAGCAAUGUCCAACACAGUAAAUCCCCUUAUACCACCAUCUCACAUUAAGUAAUUUUGUACUUUUUGGAAAAGUGCAACCCAUAAAAUUAAACAGAAAAAUUUGCUAUUACAUAAAUCUAAGCAAAUAUUUAUAAACAUAUGACAUUUGGGAAUGAUGCACAGUACUGUUUUUUUUUUCAUUGCAAGGCCAGGUGGCCUGCAGACAGUCAACUGAGCAAAAGCAUUUUAAUGUAAGAAAGGAACACUACAGUAGGUCUACUGGCCAUACUAGGCAUGUCCUUCUCAAACACAAAUUCAAUUAAGAAAAAGAGAUGUCUAGCAUAAAUGAUUCUUAAAUUAUAUACAGCCCUUGUAUCAAAAUAAUUGGAAGAACAUACUCAGUGUGCAUUAACAUCUUAAAACAUUCACAAGUGUAUACUUCAUACAUUACCAUCUCUAAUUUAUUUUUUCAAAUAUUUUCCUUUGUUUAUUACAUCAGAUGCAAUUUAAGGUACAAUAUAUGUUUGGUGUCUAUGUAUUUUCUUUGUUGUUGGAUACAGUUUGGUCAAAAAUAAAUUUCAGUAAGUGUGUGCUCAGAUGUCUGGAAUGUAACUGCAUUUUCCCAUAUGUAUGUUUUACUUCACAUAAUGUGAUUUGGUAUUACAUGCAGAUUUUGAGGAACACAACCCUUUGUUUAUAAGAGGGCUUACUGUAUAACACUGUUAAUAAUAAUCAUAACUACAGAAAAUAAUUUUAGUGCUGUACAUUUUUUUAGUAAUAUUUUAAUUGUAUUAUAUUAAAUGCUACAGUACAGUAUUAAUAAUUAUAAAAAUAAUGUACAAGUA